CUUAAUAGUAGCGAUUAGAAUAUAAGUUGCCAGAUUCAAUCAUUAUAUAUCUUAUUACGCUAGUGAUAAAAAUAAAUUGUUUUUAUAUUUGCGCAUCUUAAGUGGGUUACUAAUUAUAGUUUCGACAUUGUGACGGUAAGAUAGAACGGUAACUAGUGUUCACCGUUAGAGCUGCGGUAAUCUGCACAGUUAACCAUUAUACUGGUAUUAGAUAAACGCCGGAGAAAAAAUAAGAGUUUAAUGGGCCGUAACCAGACGGUCUGCGCAUAUUUUAUCUUGAUUUUAAUACCGUUUUUCUUACUUAGAAUGUAAAUCUUUCAGUCUUUUUUAACUAACUACAAGCCAUUAUUCACAAUAAUUUGGACAGUGACAAAAUACAAUUGAAUACAAUGUUUUGAUAUUUAAAAUAUUUAGUGUUAAACAACUAGAAACAAAUAAACAGUGCUAAUAAUUAAAAAAGUCACCAGAUUGUAGUAUUUAUUCCUACUGAAGGACUGACAAAAAGUGUUUAUAACUAAAGUGAAGGUAAUUCAAAAGAUGGGUUAUCAAUAACUUGUGACAUUUGGCGGGAAAUAGAGCAUAGACAAAACAAAAUGGCGGCUUGGCUAUGGUUCGCCGCAUUAGUCUGUGGCUCGCAGGCGGCGGUGCUGCCUCCACCGUGGGCGGACGCCAAGCGCAACCCUUGCGCUACUCACCCCCGAGGUUGGCUAAUGCUGUACUGGCCUGCAGAUGGAAAAUGCUAUACUAUUUAUAAGAAAGGCUACCCGUGUUCGGAGACGCAGGAGCUGAGCCCCGGGCGAUGGGGUGGGCGCACGGUGGCAGAGUGCAAGUGUCCCCCGGGCACUGCGCAGCUGCCGCACUCCGACGUCUGCCACAAGCUGUUCGAGCGUGGUCCAUGCCGACCGGGGGAGUACUUCGCACCAGUGGAGGAGACAUUCAACAAGCGCGGGGUGCGUCAGGGAAUGUGCGUGCGGCCACAGCAGUGCGCGGACUCGACGCUGCUGUACUGGCCGGCAGACGGUCGAUGCUAUCACCGACUCACACAGGGCCCAUGCUAUCCUGGUACUAUCCUCGACCUCGGUACCGAUGGGUUAGCUAACUGUACCUGCGAGUCCGAUGGUCAAAACUUUUGGUCGGAUGACGGCGGCUGCUACGCGCACUACACGCGGGGGCCGUUAAAAUAUGUGAUAGAAAUAUCAGAUUAUGUUCCCUUAUUUCACAGUGAUGUCAUUUUUAAGCUAUCGGAGCCCUUAUCAGCCAGUAAUAGGACAGGGCCCAAGUAUAACAAGUCGACCUUUGAAUUUAACAGUCGUGUUUUCCAGGUUGCAUCAUGUUCAUCGCGCAAGGGCGCAGUGACGUACGACAACGCGUGUCACUGGCUGCACACGCAGGGCCCCUGCGCGGCGGACUCGUGGCUGGUGUGGCGCGACGGCCGCGCGCACUGCGAGUGCAGACCUGACAACACGUGUGAUAUACAAUUGGUAGACAGCUGACGUACAAGUUUAUGCAACAGUUAAUGAUCUCGUCGUAUUUAUUUAGGAGUUAUGUUUUUAAUUCCGUUUAGAGUACGGCUAUAGGAAUAGGUUGUAAAGUUUUAAUACGCAUUUGAAGUACCAAUGUGGGUGUUAUUUUUGUUAAUUAUAAGCAUAAAAUUAGUAAAAGUAAAUUCUAGAUGUAUUUCGUAUAAAUUGUAUGAAGAU